GCGUUAUUACAGACGCUCCACUAAUACGGCUACUGCUUAUACCCGCACUGCAAGCUUUCAGCUCCUUUACAAGGCUUCAGUAGUCAACACUAUGGGAAAGGAAAAGCUGCACAUUAACAUUGUGGUUAUUGGCCAUGUGGACUCUGGAAAGUCCACCACCACUGGUCAUCUAAUCUACAAAUGUGGUGGCAUUGACAAGAGGACCAUCGAGAAGUUUGAGAAGGAGGCCGCAGAGAUGGGCAAAGGAUCUUUUAAGUAUGCGUGGGUUCUGGAUAAGCUGAAAGCUGAGCGAGAGAGAGGCAUCACUAUUGAUAUCUCCCUGUGGAAGUUUGAGACCAGCAAGUACUACGUCACCAUCAUCGAUGCACCAGGACACAGAGACUUCAUCAAGAACAUGAUCACUGGUACCUCCCAGGCGGACUGUGCUGUGUUAAUCGUGGCAGCCGGUGUGGGCGAGUUUGAAGCAGGCAUCUCCAAGAACGGGCAGACCCGAGAGCAUGCCCUGCUCGCAUACACUCUGGGUGUCAAGCAGCUCAUCGUGGGUGUCAACAAGAUGGACUCAACUGAGCCCAACUACAGCCAGAAGCGCUAUGAGGAGAUUGUAAAGGAAGUCAGCACUUACAUCAAGAAGAUCGGCUACAACCCUGAAACGGUGGCCUUCGUGCCCAUCUCUGGCUGGAAUGGAGAUAACAUGCUUGAGGCUAGCCCAAAUAUGACCUGGUUUAAAGGAUGGAAAAUCAAUCGUAAGGAAGGCAGCGUCUCUGGUACGACUCUAUUAGAGGCUCUGGAUGCCAUUCAGCCUCCGACACGGCCUACUGAUAAACCACUGCGCCUCCCACUGCAGGACGUUUAUAAGAUAGGAGGCAUUGGGACAGUCCCAGUUGGUCGAGUUGAGACUGGUAUCCUUAAACCUGGCAUGGUUGUCACUUUUGCCCCUGUGAAUGUAACCACUGAGGUGAAGUCUGUGGAGAUGCACCACGAGGCCCUGUCUGAGGCGCUGCCUGGAGACAAUGUCGGCUUCAACGUAAAAAACGUUUCUGUUAAGGACAUCCGUCGUGGCAACGUUGCAGGAGACAGCAAGAACGAUCCUCCUCAGGAAGCUGCUAGCUUCACUGCACAGGUCAUCAUACUGAACCACCCUGGCCAGAUCAGUGCCGGCUAUGCUCCUGUGCUGGACUGUCACACGGCCCACAUUGCCUGCAAGUUUGCUGAGCUGAAGGAGAAGAUUGAUCGUCGCUCAGGGAAGAAACUAGAGGACAAUCCCAAAUCGCUUAAAUCUGGUGAUGCUGCCAUUGUGGACAUGAUCCCAGGCAAGCCCAUGUGUGUGGAGAGCUUUUCUGAGUACCCUCCCCUUGGUCGUUUUGCGGUACGUGAUAUGCGUCAAACAGUGGCGGUGGGCGUCAUUAAGGGUGUGGAGAAGAAGACUCCAACCUCAGGCAAGGUUACCAAGUCUGCCCAGAAGGCCCAGAAAAACAAAUGAAUGUUGUGCAGGGCUGCAACCUCUCGAGUCAGCCACAACCGAAUCCAUGCCGUCCAUCUGCUCUUCAGCUUAAUCAUCAAAGCUUGGGAGAUUGUUACAAUGCAUCGCAAGAGUAUACGGAGGAAAAAAAAUGCGCACCAUAGCUCUGACAAUGAUGCUAAUAUAAUGUACCAUUCUAUUUAUGGUUUACCAUUUGUAGUUUUCAAUUUCUAGUCUGUUAUAUGUGUGAUCUGUGGAUUGCUCUAAGCACCUUAUGCUAACUAGCUUUUAGGAAGAAAUCUUCUGCUUGAUGUGUAAUAGUUUGUGUCCUGACUAGCUAUUUAGCUAACAUUGCUAAUGUGACAUAGCAUGCAAAAAACAAUAAACAUUUCAUGCUGUAGUUGUAGAUGAUUUUUACAUUGGUCUGUACUGUAACUGUGACUUAGCUUUAACUCUAAAAUCCUCUUAUCCAUUCUGGCUACAUGCAUGAGCUAAGCUAACUAGUGCACUUUAUAGAAUAUCAUGCCUCUUAGCACUUUGAACAAGCACAAGCUAAACACUUUGCACUUGCACCCAUGUACUUAAACACAUAGAUGUUUCUCCAUAAGCUAUUAUAACAUAAACGAACAUUAAAGAGAAAUAAACAAUUUA